UGCGAAUAUCGUUGUAGACCAGAGAUUGAGAGACUUUGCCAGGUCUGGCGACCGUGAAAAAUCUCUCAUGCUGGGCCAAGUCGGCGAGCUGAUCUAGGCUACCUCGUACAAUUGUGGCAACAGGACGCAGCUUUGUGUAGUCUUGCCGCACAGCGUGUCACGUUGUCGAGUCCUGGGUAGGCGAUGAACCGAGUCGAUCGAUGGUACAGAAGCUGGGACUGCUGCUACUCGGCAGUGCCUACUUGUUGGCAGAUCGACUUCAACGGGUACGAAGGACCUUACAAGGCUACUUCGUUCGUAGCCUCGGGCCUCGGUAGUCCCUCCGAUUGUUCUGACACUUACUGCCGAUGUCCGAAGGGCACGGCCAGCUGCGUGCAGGCUGCCAGAAGCAAAGUCGCUCUCAAUGUUCAAUCGCAGCCUCACUAUUCUCAGAACAUUCGGUCCGGCAUGUGCUGACAAGACCUGCUAUUGCAUUUAUUACCGUAGCCCCUGUU